AUGAUCCAUAACGUUCCACAGCCGGUUUUUGAGGAAUUUGUCACGGACGUGCUUGCGAAAGACUCGAAUGUUGAUCUUCGAAAAGGAGUUUCGUUUGUAUCAUUGGAACAAGAUUCGAAAGGAGUUAUAACGACCGUGGAAGAGCGUGCUACCGGACAUCUAUUCCAGAUCCGGUCGAAGUAUCUCAUUGCCUGCGACGGGGCACGGAGUAAAGUUCGCAGCUUCCUGGGGAUCGAGAGUGAUGGCGAGGAUUCAUAUGAAACAAUGAUGACUAUCCACUUCAAUGCUGACCUUCGUCCCAUCGUGGGGAAGAGGGUCGGCAUGCUACAUUGGAUAAUGGAUCCUUUGGCGUCCGGGUUCAUCAUUGCGUACGAGCUUUCAGGGAACGCUGUCUUGAUCAGCAAUUUUGACGCGAAUAAAUACCCAAUUGAAAGCUGGAACCAAGAACUUUGCCGCAAGGUCGUGGUCAGCGCUCUUGGAACAGACGCGCCGUUUGAUAUUCAUAGCUACCGGCCUUGGGUGCUGAGUCGGAAAGUAGCAAGAUCCUAUCGAGUGGGAAAUGUCUUUUUAGCUGGAGAUGCUGCCCACUCUUUUCCUCCAACAGGCGGUCUCGGGUUGAACUCUGGUUUGGCAGAUGUCCACAAUCUGGCGUACAAGCUUGCGUUUGUCCUCAAGGGACAAGCUGGAGACAGCCUUCUCAACACAUAUGAAUCAGAGCGACGACAUGUAGCCGUUGUCAACUCGAUGCAAAGCGUAAAGAACGGAAGGAAGAUUUUCGCGCUUCUCAAGACGUUAGGCCUCGGCGAUGACCUGAUGACGGCGAGAAGGAACCUGUAUUCCAAUAUCAAAGAUCCCCAGAAGAUGAAGGUGAUUGACGAAGGUGUUGAAGAUCAAAGAGAGCACUUCGAUAAUCUCGAGCUUCACAUCGGAUAUGUCUACGGCAGCAAAGAGAUACCUCCGCAUGCUUCGAAGUAUACGCCCAAGUUCGAAGUGGGUGCAAGACUACCUCAUGCGUGGAUUCGCUUGCCACGCAGCAGUCUGAAGCCGGUUGAUGUCUCCUAUGUCGACGAGUUUUCAGUGGCAGACAUCGACUCCUACCGCUAUAGUACACUGGAUCUAUGUGAUCUUGACAAAUUCACCCUGGUGGGAGAUCUCGAUGUCCCUGGCGUCAAGACCUGCCGAGCGGGUCGCGAUUUUGAGGUCGUUGGCGAGGCAGGCCAGAAGUGGUUAUCGGCGGCCGGACUGGAUGCUGGAGGCGGAUUACUUGUGCGGCCGGACCAACAUAUUCUGAUGGUGUUAGAUGCUGGCACCACGAUGGAAGAGGUACGGAGUUGCUUGAAUGCACACUUAGGCGUUUGA